GGGGGGGCUCCCUUAGAUAGUCCCCCUUCAGACCACUGACAGCCUGGGCUGGGAGAGGAGGACAACUGCAGCAGGGUGCUCUCCUCCGGCCUAUUGCUUCUUGCUGCUCCCUGUCACGGGGAGGGCCCGUCCUGGUGGCUGCCCAGCCCUGCCCCACAGCCCUGUGCCGGUGAUGACAUGGCAUGCCAGCCCCCAACAAGGCUCUUCAGCUACAGUCCCCAAUGUUGGGGCUGAAGUCCCUGGAAAGAGCCUCUCAUGCGCUCUCACUGGGCUCCUCAGGAGAAUGGCUAAGAGGUGGGAGCUGUGCUUUAGAGAAAACCUUAACCCUUCUUUGUUUCAGAAGCUCUUCAGUCUAAAGUGUCCUGGAGCAUUCACAGAAGAGCACCUUUGGGCUCCGCUUACCUGCCCCUUCAGGGAUGGAGGCGAUGGCAGCCAGCACUUCCCUGCCUGACCCUGGCGACUUUGACCGGAAUGUCCCCCGGAUCUGUGGAGUGUGUGGAGACCGAGCCACAGGUUUUCACUUCAACGCUAUGACCUGUGAAGGCUGCAAAGGCUUCUUCAGGCGAAGCAUGAAGCGGAAGGCUCUGUUCACCUGUCCCUUCAACGGGGACUGCCGCAUCACCAAGGACAACCGGCGCCACUGCCAGGCCUGCCGGCUGAAGCGCUGUGUGGACAUCGGCAUGAUGAAGGAGUUCAUCCUGACAGAUGAGGAGGUGCAGCGGAAGCGUGAGAUGAUCCUGAAGCGCAAGGAGGAGGAGGCGCUAAAGGACAGCCUGCGGCCCAAGCUGUCGGAGGAGCAGCAGCGCAUCAUCAGCAUCCUGCUGGACGCCCACCACAAGACCUACGAUCCUACCUAUGCCGACUUCAGCCACUUCCGGCCUCCAAUUCGCAGAGGUGCAGGUGGAGGGAGCCAUCCUUCCAGGCCCAAUUUGAGACACACCCCCAGCUUUUCUGGGGACUCCUCAUCCUCCUGCUCAGAUCACUACAUCGCCUCUCCAGACAUGAUGGAACCAUCCAGCUUCUCCAACCUGGAUCUGAAUGAAGAGGACUCAGAUGACCCUUCUGUGACCCUGGACCUGUCCCAGCUCUCCAUGCUGCCCCACUUGGCUGACCUGGUCAGUUACAGCAUCCAAAAGGUCAUCGGCUUUGCCAAGAUGAUCCCAGGAUUCAGAGACCUCACCUCUGAGGACCAGAUUGUGCUACUGAAGUCAAGUGCCAUCGAGGUCAUCAUGUUGCGCUCCAACCAGUCCUUCACUAUGGACGACAUGUCCUGGACAUGCGGCAGCCAGGACUAUACAUACGAUAUCAGUGACAUGGCCAAAGCCGGACACAGCCUGGAGCUGAUUGAGCCCCUCAUAAAGUUCCAGGUGGGGCUGAAGAAGCUGAACUUGCACGAGGAGGAGCAUGUCCUGCUCAUGGCCAUCUGCAUUGUCUCCCCAGACCGUCCCGGGGUGCAGGAUGCCACGCUGGUGGAGGCCAUCCAAGACCGCCUGUCCAACACGCUGCAGACCUACAUCCGCUGCCGCCACCCACCCCCGGGCAGCCACCUGCUCUACGCCAAGAUGAUCCAGAAGCUGGCUGACCUGCGCAGCCUCAAUGAGGAGCACUCCAAGCAGUACCGCUGCCUCUCCUUCCAGCCCGAGUGCAGCAUGAAGCUCACGCCCCUCGUGCUCGAGGUGUUUGGCAAUGAGAUCUCCUGACUAGGGCAGCCUGCGGUGGCACCUGGGCAGGGUUGUUUCUCCCGGGGCACAGGCCCAGGCCUAGGGCCGGCUACUGCCCGGCAGCCCUCCCAUCCCCUCUGGAGUUUAAUCCCUCCUCUGCCACCUUCCCUCUCCGCCCAGCCCAGCCUCUUUCCUGCCCAACCUAAGCCCAGGUUCCCCUUUCCUUCAGGCCACAGGCUGACCCCAGCCCCUCAAGACCUUGGUCAUGAGGACUUGCUGUUAUUUGAUAGAGAAACUCAUGUGGGGGCAGAGGGCAGAGGCUGAAGUCAGGGCCUUGUCCAAGGACACCUCCACCACUCCACAGGUGGCUGCUGGCUGGCACCGAGGGAACAGGUGGGAGAUGAGCACCCAUUCCUCAGGGACAGAGUACCUCCCCCACUCCAGGCCCACAUGUCCAGAGCCUGGUGGGGAUCUCCCCCCGCCCCCCACCAUGACAAAUAACUGGCCCACAGCCCCACUCUUCCCCAUCUCACCCUGGCCACCAGACUGUGCUGUCUGUCCCCAGGUGGCAGGCCACAUGGGGCCCCUUCCUCUGCCUUCCCACAUGUCUAGGACACUUGCUGCCAAGAAUGACCAAAAACAAGGUGACUAAGGCCCAAUUCUCACCUCCCCCCAUCUCUGGAGGCCAAAAGGCACUUGCCUAGUCCCUCAGUGCCCACCUUUGUCCCAUUGCCACAGUCAGCCUCUCCUGGGCAGUAGGUCUGGGGAGAUGAGAUUUCUCCCUGGUGCUGGAACCACUGGCCCAGAACCCAGCUGUGGAAAGGCCCAAAGUGGAAAGAAUGCAGGGCCUGGGUGGUGGGGAACAGACAAGACCAGCCUCCCAGAACAGGAGUGGGUGGUGACCAUCCCUGUCACCAAGCCCAUGGAUCCUCAGCCUGGGUCGCAGGGGUUGGUUGACGUGGAAGUGCUCCUUCUAGCAAUUCAUGUGGCAGACUGAAUUGCCCCCAGGUUGCAGAGAUACCCGACCUGGUGCUCACUCCUCCCCUGCCAGUGCCUUAGCUCCCACCCUGGAAAUGAAGCUCUCCCCCUCAGAAGUUAUUGGAUCUCCCAGCAGUGUUAGUGUGGAGAAGCAAUGUCUCCCUCUCUGCUUACCAGCUGGGGCCACAUCCUCUCUCCUGGGCAGGGUGGGGUGGAGGAGAAGAAUCUUCAGACCCCAGCAGAUGAGCCUGUCCUCCCUGCCACCCAUCUCCAACACUGCUCACCUGCAGAGCAAAAGCCUGUGCUGUAGCACCCCAGUGUAGGUGGAGGGAGAGGGGGCAGGCUCCUCAGAGAGAGACGGUGGAGGGGUGGGGGUGUCGGACUGGUUCCCUUCUAAUUUUCACUCCUACACUCAAAAGCGAAAAGGAGCCUGUGAAACAGGGGUAGGGGACUAUAACUUCAGGCUCCAUGUUCCGGCCCAGGAGGUGGCGACCCUCUGUUUAUUCCAGGGUGGGGUUUCUUGAUGAGAGUGGGUUGCAGGUGUGUGGGACCAGUGAGGAAGGGGGUUCUUCAAAUCACUAAGUUGGGGGAACAUGGCUGCAUUUGAGGUAUCAGCAGGGAGGUAAUGUCAGAGGGACAUGAUGUGCCUCCCCCACCUGCAUCUGUGGUUCCUUGAACACCUUGAGAGGAAUCUGACUUAACACUGCAAGGGCCGUCAGUGUCCAGCUGGCCCUGCCUCUCUCAGAAUUCGUCAGGUGGGAAAAUCAUCCAAAAGCCACAUUCCUUAUUGCAGAAUAGCCUAUGUAAGAGUUAAUCUUAAGUGUUAGAUGUGAGUUGUUUUCAGAAUCAGAUUCCAUUUGUACUAUAUUCUAAUACAGAGAGGAGCAGUUGCCAUUGAGUCAGAGAUAUUUGUGGAGGAAAAACUUGCAUUAUGAAAAGUCUGUACAUUAAUUAUUGUUGUUGUUAUUUUACAUGGGGCUAGGGAGAGACCCUUGUGAGUUUAACUUCAGAACACCUUGGUCCUUACUGCUAUUCAAUAAGAGAAAAAACUUGAAAAUUGCUAAACUAGUUCAAGCCCCUUAAAAACUAUCACUAAGAGGAGGGCAUGACUCGCCCAACCUCAAAAAUUAGAAGUGGCAUCAGGGCUGGGCCAGACUUUGGACUUGGGGUCCAGUGUCCUUUUUACUACACCACACUUAAGCUCAGACCCCAUUCACCUCCUGCAGAGGCUGACCCAGUCCCCUAGGGGAAGCCCUGGGUUUCAGACAGAGCAAGUGUCCAUCCAGGACCCCUUCCUUCCGUGGGUUUAAUGCCACCAUCUCAUCAAGAGGAGGAAGGACACUCAGUCUCUGUCUCCAUGUGAGUGAAACCCCCAUCUCCGUGUGGCCCUGGUCCAUUGGACUCUCUGACUCAGCCCUGUAUAAUGCUGUUGCCUUAUCAAUAAAGUGCAUUUGUCUUUGUAAAGUC